UUAUAGUUUUUUUCAAUUGCAAAAAAUUAUGAUGUUUACAUAAAAUUUCCAAAUCAGUUUAUCCAAGCAGAGCAUUUCUCAGUUGGGCUAGUUCACUCAUCACUAUCAGCAUUUAGGCCCGACCCACUAAUUUGAGAGCUCAUAAGAGAGAAAAAAAUACAAGUAGUGAAGAGAGGACAGACAAAGCAAGUAAUGGAAGUGACAAGUGCUGUUCAUUCACUUGGGUUUCUGCAUUUCCAAACACAUUCUUCACAGUUAGCAAGUCUCAACAGCAGAGCCUUCUUCAUCUCCACUAGAACUACAGUACCAAGAAAUGCUUCUCUUCCAUGCUAUCAAAUUCCUAGCCAAAAAAUAAGCAAAAGCAAUGGUGGUGGUGCAAGUUUCAUUAUCAAUUCCACUUCUUCUUCUGCUACAACUCCAACUUCCACAGAAGCUUCUGAUGCAGAUGGUUCCCUUUCUGAGGUUGAAAAGAUAAAACAGAAGUGUCUUACAUGGAAGUGGAAGGGUCAGUAUUCUAUCAAUUACUUUGUUUCAGGUGAUGCAGAUUCUCCCCUGAAGUUGCAGCCCAAUAAACCUCCUCUGUUACUUGUACAUGGCUUCGGUGCCUCCAUUCCUCACUGGCGCAGGAAUAUCAACACACUGGCACAGAGUAACACUGUUUAUGCUAUUGAUCUCCUUGGUUUUGGGGCUUCAGAUAAGCCUCCAGGAUUUCCAUACACCAUGGAAACAUGGGCUGAGCUGAUCCUGGAUUUCUUGGAAGAAGUUAUUCAGAAGCCAACUGUACUAAUGGGAAACUCUGUUGGAAGUCUUGCUUGUGUUAUUGCUGCCUCAGAUUCAAAUCAAACUCUUGUUAGAGGAAUUGUGCUGUUGAACUGCGCUGGGGGCAUGAACAACAAAGCAAUUGUUGAUGACUGGAGAAUCAAGUUACUAUUACCCUUACUUUUACUGAUUGAUUUCUUAUUAAAGCAAAAGGGAAUUGCCUCAGCAAUUUUUGAGCGUGUUAAACAGAGAGAGAAUUUGAAGAACAUUUUGAGUUCAGUGUAUUCAAAUAAGGAGUCUGUGGAUGAUGAACUUGUGGAGAUCAUUAGGGGACCAGCGGAUGAACCAGGGGCCUUAGAUGCAUUUGUAUCCAUUGUAACGGGGCCGCCAGGGCCUAAUCCAGUGCAGUUGAUGCCUAAAAUUUCCUUGCCGGUUUUGCUUUUAUGGGGAGAUCAAGACCCUUUUACUCCCAUUGAUGGGCCUGUUGGCAAGUUCUUUUCAGCAUUGCCUUCUCAGCAAGAAAAUGUUAAACUCUUCAUGCUUGAAGGGGUUGGACAUUGCCCUCAUGAUGACAGGCCUGAAAUAGUCCAUGAAAAGUUGCUUCCUUGGUUGGCCAGUCUCCCAAGGUCAUAGCAGAGUGUGGAGUACUCACAAGCUGCAUAAUCAGUGACUCAAGCCUUUAAACCCCCACGAAUAUUCCAUCUGUAUAGAUAUGUCAUAAUUUUAUUUAUAUUCAUUUACACUACCAACUGUCUUGGAAGAUAGAUUAUGUGCAAAUUAUAAAGCUAUGUUUUGGUUAUAAUGUUGUAUUUGCCUUGAUGUGUUUUUUUGUCAUCAUCUUUGAACGUUGACACUUAUGAGGUUUGUGCCACCAUCUAUAUGCAAGCAUUACUCAAUUUAUGCGUGUAA